CUUCACAGAGACGCCGAACGCGCGGCAGGCUGGUCUCCACGAUGGUGCUGGCGCCGGCGGACCGCGCUGCAGUGCUCGCGUUGUGGCGGAAGCUCGGGACCAACGUCGGCAUCUACACGACGGAGGCCCUGGAGAGGACCUUCGUGGCCUUCCCUUCCUCCAAGACCUAUUUCCUCCACCUAAACUUGAGCCCCGGCUCCGCCCAGGUCAGAGCCCACGGCCAGAAGGUGGCCGACGCGCUGAGCCUGGCCGUGAACCACCUGGACGACCUGCCGGGCACCCUGUCGUACCUGCGCGAGCUGCACACGCACAAGCUGCGCGUGGACCCGGUCUUUUUCAAGCUGCUGUGCCACUGCCUGCUGGUGACCCUCGCCCGGCACUACCCCGGAGACUUCAGCCCCAACAUGCACGCCUCACUGGUCAAGUUUCUGAACCACGUGAUCUCGGCGCUGGCCCCCAGCAGUGGCUAAAUUGGGAGGGUGGUAGCAGGGGGCUCCGGUGUUUGAGUAAAGUCCGCAGAGUCCCAGC